AUGGGCCAUAUAAAAUCCCAAUCAAUCUUGGCGUCCGCCAAUGGAUGGAGCACAGCACAAAAAUGGAGAAAGCUUUUCGACAGGCUUCCUGAGCAUGAGCACAGUAUGACACACAAAAAAUGCUACCUUGCCUGGCGAGAAUUGGAGAGGCGUUUGGAAGAAUCUUCUGGAGUUGACAUGCUCCAUGAUGACAGAAUUCUCUCAGAGGCUCACAAAUGGAAGCAGAUUCUCGCAAGAAUCAUUCAUGUCGUUGUCUUAUUUGGUGAAAGAGGACUGCAUUUCCGUGGAUCUUCACAAAGAAUUGGUGAUAUUCACAAUGGGAAUUUUUUUAUGAUCCAGUUCUAUGCGAGCAUGUAA